GAAUGCAGCGGUAUAAAACGAUGCGUUCAUCAGUUCGCGCAAUCAUACGUCGAGCAGGCUGUGCGGCGAGCAGUGGACCACGAUUCAUAACGAUAGAGAUUAUUAAAUCUAAACAAACAAUUAUGUCGCCGAUGUUGAGUGUAGUUAUACUCAUCACUUCAAUUGUGGUUUCUCUAAAUAUCGAUCCUGUGACUUCUUCCUUUCCGGCCUUUCAAACGAACGACCAAUGUGCAACCAAUACGGAGUGCAAAUCAAAUUUCUGCUGCUUGCUAGGGCCUAUGAGGUACUCAAUACCGACUUGCAUGCCGUUUCAACAGAAAGAUGAACAAUGCCGAGUAAACGCUGAAACUAUCACGACCAUUUUGACUUACCCGGACACUUCACAAAUCGAAGUUAAAGAUAUUCACUACAUUCUGUGUCCUUGCGCUGACGGAUUAUCCUGUAAACAUGGCAUCUGCAAGUAGAAUUUUCUGUCAAUCAAAGUGACCGGAAACAUCAUAAUCAUUAUGAUUAUACGGGGCCAAAUAUUUCGAGGAAAGAAACGAGUAACAUUGAAGAAAUAUUUUCAAUUGUGUGUUGACAGUAAUAGUAGACCGAAAAUAUUCACGAAAUAUUCAAGAAAUUAAAGUUUAAAUUAAAGUGUUGUUAAGUGUUGUUCUA